CUAUCCAGUUCUGUCUGCUUUGGUUACACGUAGGCUCUGCAUAUCCUGCACUUAUCUUUGCUUUAGUGAGGAGCAGGAACUCGUGUUUUUAGCAGGGGAAUGAGUCAUAGGACAGGGCUGCUUUGUGCCUGUGUAAUCUUGGGGACUUUAUUUUACAGAGAAUCUUAUUUAUUUUAUACAUCCCCCAGCUAGCAGGCAGCCCAUCCUUGCAGUGACAUAGGUAUGAGAAAUCAGCAAGCUCCAGCCAUCAGAGUGAAUACUUUCUACCCUGAGAUAGAGCCUCUGUGCAGAGAUUCCGCAGCUACUUGUAGGUUAUACGGCGAUAUCGCUGCAGGUCACCCUAAGAAAGUUCCGAUGUGUCUGACAGCUAAGGAACAAGGAGCCGCUGUGGCCGCCCAUGGGCAGCUGCUUGCAGAGAGGUUGAGUAACAAUGAGAGGGAGAAAUACCAGCACAGCGCUAAAGAGAAAGCACCAAUUGUACAACCAGUAUUUGUGAUAGAAAAUAAAGAACGACCAAUUAAGAGGCAUGCAGUAGACCUGGUCUUAAGAGCUGAGAAUGGACUCAGUGCAUACCCAGAGAAGAGAGCACGGUCUUCAUCGUUUACAUGCAGGACCUCUCAUUCCUCCAGUCACACAGAUUAUAGAACAACUGAGAAACGUGUGCGAUCAUCUUCAUUUACACUACUACCAGCGUUCCCAGCGAUGAAGAAUAAUAUUUUUAUGCCGUCCACAUUGCUGAAAGAACAUUUUGAGAGUAGCAUUACUGAAUCAGGGAAAGUUCAUGAAUGGAAUAUAAUCAAACCAGCAACUCUACAGCCCCCCAAAAUAACUUUGUGUCAGGAAGAAAAACUUACCUGGGCAGGAACUGCCUCCUUAAGAUGUCAACCUGAAGAUAAGCCUGUUUUAUCUGAAGAACAAAAUGAUACAACUGUAAAUGAUGUUGACAAACCUCGGCCAGCUAUUCGGCCCAGUUGUAUUUUGGAAACAAAAACAAGAAAUCAUCAAUCAGAACCAAAGUUUACAUCCAAUAAAAAUGUUCCAGAUUUUGUCUUUGGGGAAAACAUGGAUAAGCGAGUUAUGGGAAGUCCUCAGUCAGGCUUUCAAACCAGUCUGAACCUGGUGAAACCCAAUGUAAAUGGAAAGACGUCAUCUCUAAGCAGCUGGUCUUAUCAGAAACACAACACAAGUGGGAACAAAACGCUGAUAGAAUCGGCAGCUGCCUAUACUUCAAAGCCCAGCAUCAAAUAUGAACUUGAUAAAGUGGAAAUUAUAACCGGAGAGGAAUCUGAACGCAAUGUUCUUCAGAUAAACUGCAAACUCUUUGCAUUGAAAAGAGAGACCCAGGUGUGGAUAGAAAAAGGCAGAGGGUACCUGAGACUUAAUGACACAGAUCGCAAUGACAGCGGAAUGUUCAAGUCAAGAAUAGUGAUGAGAAACCAUGGCAACCUGAAAUUGGUGUUGAACAGCAAAAUCUGGGAUGGAAUGAAGCUAGAGAAAGUGAGUCGAAAGAACUUGUGCAUUACUGCAACCGAUCUUGAAGAUCAGAAUGUUAAAGUAUUUCUCAUCCAGGCCAGUGUGAAGGAUGCAGGGCGCUUGUAUGCUGCUAUCCAUCAUCGUCUUGUAGCUCUGAGAAGCUGCAAAAAGAAAGAGCCAGAAGCUGCAACACAAUCUGAAACCAAGGCAGACUCGGACAUGCACCCACUAAAUUAUGAUAGUGAUGAUGAAGAUGAAAUGACUUCAUUCUACAGCAAACAUUCUGAUCACAUCGAGAGGAUCCGUAGACGUCCCAUCUUAUAUUCCUGACUAUCAGAUUUGGUUCUGCACAGGACUCGGAUUGUUACCAUGAACAAUUAUCACAUAGGAGCAAUAAGCAAUAUCAUUUGGCACAGCUGACAUUUUCUCAGACUCAGCCAAGUCACAAAACAUCCAUACUUUUCUAGUGAAAGAGAAAGUGACUCUGCUAAUGUUAUAUCCUGAUUUUAUUUACAAAAGAUAAGGAAAGUAAAAUUCUACAUCGUAUUUAAAAUAAUUGUAUUAACGAUGAUCAAGAAUGAAGAUUCUACUAGGAAAUAAACUGGUUUAUUAUA